AUCUGUAGAGCAAUUGUAGUUUAAUGGCCCGGUUUUUGAAUGUUUAAAAACAAUAAGUACACGUGCGCCAUCUCCCUGUUAUACGAUACACUUUCAUUCAUACUAAGGAGAAAACCUAACCCAACUUUUUGACUUUUGGAAGCAUAUUAUGUAUUUUACUUAUGUUUGGAAGCGCUCUGGAAUUGAUUUGUGACAUGCUUAUUACUACUCGACGUUGUUGCAAAAGUAUUUCGGCAUGCAUUUUAAACUCCUAUCAGCACUUUAAAAGAUCGAAACAAUUCUACAAUACCUCAUCUAAUUAUGCGGUGAAUUUACAUGUAAACAAUGUUAAUCUUAACAACUACAUCAUUAAACUAAAAAAGGAGUAUGAUGAAUUGAAUUCUGUAACAGCCGCCUUGUUACCAAAGCAAGAGCAACGGCUGGCAGUAUUACAACCUACAAUUACAAUUCUUCAGGUACGUAACGAUGUAAUAGAUAACAUCACGAACCUAACAAGUCUGCUGCAAGACGACGAUCCAGCUAUUCGACUGCUAGCAGAAGAAGAAAAUGAAUCGUUUCGUGAAAAACUGAAGUGUAUUGACGAGGAGCUGUUACAGACUUUGUUACCACUGGAUGAUGAUGAUAAGUGUAACGCCAUUAUAUUAGAAGUAAGUGCAGGUGUAGGAGGUCAAGAAGCAAUGUUGUUUGCAAAGGAACUCUUUAAUACAUAUUGCAAUUUUGCCGAUUACAAGAAUUGGAAUCUAGAAAUUGCGGAAUAUUUAACGACUGACCUAGGAGGUAUCCGACAUGCGAGUGCGUUAAUAAAUGGAGAUAAAGUGUUGCAAUACUUGAAGUAUGAAGCUGGUGUGCAUAGAGUGCAACGUAUUCCUGCUACCGAGAAAGCUGGCCGGAUUCAUACGAGUACCGUUUCCGUUCUUGUACUCCCACAGCCCACCGAGAUUCAAAUUAUAAUCAACCCCAAAGAUCUGCGUAUUGAAACCAAACGAGCUUCUGGAGCGGGCGGUCAACACGUAAACACCACCGACAGUGCAGUAAGAAUAACACAUUUACCCACAGGUCUAAGUACAGAGUGUCAAGUAGAUCGUUCCCAACAUAAAAAUAAAACCAUCGCAUUACAACGAUUACGUGCCCUAUUAUAUGAUAAACAGUUACAAAGUCAGCUAAAUAAAAUGGAGAAUACGAAAAAAAUGCAAGUGCGCUCAAAUUUUCGUAAUGAGAAAAUUAGGACUUACAAUUUUAAUCAAGACAGAAUUAGUGAUCAUAGAUUGCAAGGUUGUAAUAUUCAUAAUUUAAAAGCAUUUUUAUGCGGAGGUGCACUCUUAGAAAACUUAAUUAUCAGACUACAUAAUGCUAUUAGGAUUGAAAUCCUGUUGGAUACAGUUAAGAGAGUAACCGGUUUGGAGACGUGAUUUAAAUUGUGCACAAUAUAACAAUUAAACCGAUAGUUGUAAAUGAGAUGUCCAAAUAUACUUCCCAGUUUAAAUGACA